GAUUAGGGUCUGCAUUCAGGUCUAUUUCCUUCGAAAUCAUGUCCAUCAUACGUGUGUGAGAGAAGGAAACCAACGGUCAAAAGCCAAGAUUUGUUCAAAUGCCGACGACUAAUUGCCCAAAUUGUUUUAUUUCUGUGACAUAAAUGGACGGGGACGAGCGACGAGCCUCGAAGAGGCGUUCACUCGAGGCUGGACGUGAAAUAUUGGCUAGGUACAAGGCUUCACAAGAACGUAUGGAGAAUCAAAAUGAUCCCUCUGAUGUUGAAGAGCUGCUCGGACACAAUGAGACUAUUGACACCCAGAAUUCUAGUAUGUUGGAGGAUGCCUCCCUACGAGACACUACCCAGAGUAGCAUGAGUGUAUCUGAGGGCGAGGGUGAGGGUGACAUCGAGAACAUGGCAGGUCGGGUCGCUGAGCUGAAGGAGCUUCUCCAAGGAAAAGAAGCGAUAAUCGAGUCUCUGAGUGCAGAGAUUGAUCAUAUAAGAGGUGAGGCCUGUUCCCCGCACUCUUCCCAGAGUCAAAACAGUACGCACUAUCGAGAUCUGGUGGCGAGCUAUCAGCACAAGCUCCAGGACUUUGAGCAGGCAGUGGCCCAGCGAGACAAUUUGCUAACAGAGCUGACCUCCUCCCUGGAGCAAGCCCUAGCCUCUCGUGACGCCCUGAAGGACCAGGUACAAUUCCUGAAUUCUCUCCCAAUCCUCAAUGCCCCCACGAAGGAUCAGAGUGAUCCAGAGAAGCCCGAGGAUUGUCAGAUCCUCUCGGAGACGAUAAAGCAGCUGCAUACAAAACUCCAAGCCUUGGAGGACGAAAAAACUGAGGAAAUAAAAAGCCACAAGUGCCAAAUCACUGAUCUCCACCAGAAGAUAGCAUCCCUAGAGCAGGAGAGAUCCUCUAGCCUGGAGGAACGUGAGCAAAUAAAGGAACUCUACGAUACCCAGAUAUCCAAAAUAAAAAAGGACAUGGAGAAGAUCCUGGAUAAAUUUGCUGCUGAAACGAGACUUAAUGCGGAGUCCCAUCGUCAGGAGCUGAUUAAAUUGCAGGAGAAUCACGAGGAGGAGUGCAAGGGGUUGAAAAAUAAUUUCAAUCAGGAGCUUCUGGCGCUGGAGACGAAGCACGCGAAGGAGCUGAGUGUUUUUCAUAGUCAGUUGGCCACCUGCAGGAAGACCAUCGAUGUACUGAAGGCCCAGGGUUCUCCUGAGGGCGACCGGGACGUCACAAUCCUGAAAAAUCAAUUAGUCAAUGCCGAGCAUGAGAGGGAACUCCUCGUCGAGCAGAUAAAGCUACACAAAAUCCAAGUGGAGGAGCUCACAACUAAGUACCUGGCUGCAACGAGUGUCUUCGACUCGAAAGAGAGUAUCGAGAAGUCUCUGGAGGAGGCUCUCACCAACGUUGCCCAACUGACGCAGGAGAAUGAAAACCUCAAGCUGAGGUACGACGAUUUGACAGCGAAAUACUCAGCUGCCCAGUCCCUCAUCGAAAAUAACCAGGUCCACGAAAGGUCCAUGAGCUCGAGGAUUUACGAAUUGGAGAGAUCUCUUGGACGGAUUUCAGGAAUAAGCAACAGCCUCUUCAGCGAGUUCAAUGAGACGACUUAUCAAACAUUCGACGAUCUGGCUCUGCAGGUGCAGCUUUCUAAACAGAAGCUCGAGGAGAAGGAGGAGCUCGAGAGAAAGUUAACCAGUAAGAUAAAACACCUCGAGGACACUGUGAUCAAGACUUCCAGGGAGCUGGAGGACGUUAAUCUUCAGAAGAAUAAUUAUGAGAAGCAGUUGAAGGACUUGAAGAAUAACUAUGAUAAGAUGAUUUUAGAUAAUUCAGAUAAUUCUUUGAGUAGAAUCAAGGGGAUGGAGAGGGAGCUAGAGGAGUUGAGGGAAACUAUCAGGAGGAAGGAUGGAGCCCUGGGGGAGAGGGACAGGGCCAUUGGGAAUCUCAAGAUUGAAGUGCAACAGCUCCAGGAGGACUGCAAGCAGCUCAUGGGGGGACUCCAGACUGCCUGGAAUCAGUGCGCUGAGAGGGAGAUCAGGAUCAAUGAAUCACUCGUUAAUGAGUCCAGGGGAGACUUCGUGGACAGCAUCAGAGGGGAGGAGACCUUGAAUUGCACAAGGCCUGAAGCCAUUGCGUCUAGUCUUGUGGGAGGAAUUAAUUCUGCUUUCAAUCGGUUUGAGAAUCUUCUGGAAGAGUGUGAGAGGCUCACCGAAGAGAAUCACCAGCUGAAGGGCGAGGCAGAAGGCUUGAAGACGUCCCUCGAAGAGGUCGAGAAGGAGAAGGAGGGUCUCGUAGGGCAGAUUCAGCGGCUCAAGCAGCAGCACCUCGAGGAAAUCGAUGUUCUCAAGAAAUUGUUUGGAGAUAAUGGAGUUGAGAAGUUCAAAGAGGACCUCGAGAGGAGGCAUGCACUAGAGAUGGAGGAGCUCAGAACCUACUUCGAGGAGAAGGUCCUGCACGUGGAGAAACAGUACUCCGAGGAAGUCUUCAGUCAGUCCAAAAAAAUGAGUGAUGACAGCUCUGAGGUUGAGGACAUGACUGAUGAUCUGUACUUUGGGGGAGCUGGCGAUGCUGGCAGGUUCAGGGAGGGAGGCAGGGAGGUACUCGAGGAGGAGAGUAAGGGGAGAAGUGAAACGAGAGCCAGGGGUACCAAUGAACAGCAUUGUCAGACCGAGCUGGAGCCAGUGGAAAAUAGCGAGUUGAGUGAGCUAAGGGCAGCUUACAGUGUACAGCUUGAGGAGCAGAUUGCUCUGGCUAGGUGUGACAUUGUCAACGCUCUACAGGAACAGAUACAGGUACUCUUGGCUGUAGAAGGUGACACCGAGGAUAACUGGCCCCCAGAGCUGUUGCAGCUAAGAAAUAAAUUCACAAUGAAUGCCAGAAGAGAAAUGGAGAAGCUGAAGGAAUCUCAUGAGGAGGAGAUGACACGCCUGAAAGAAGACUACUCAAAGGCCCUGGAGAGCUACGAGUCUCAACUGAAUGUAUUGACGCAGGGGAGACAGAAUCAUCAGUUUGAUGCCCCAGAUGACGUAAUAAUAGAGAGAUACGAGAGUCUCCAGAAGAUCUGCAUGAUCCUGAAGGGUCUCGUCGUAGAUCUCGUCAAGUACACAGUGACCUGCGAGGAGGAGCUCAACAACACCUUCAUAACGGAAAUAAUAAAACAAAAGGUCAUAUCUGAGCAGAUCUCCAGUAAUGAGACUGAGAAAGACCAGACAGUGGAAGUUCCUGCGAAGAAAAUUGUCAAGAGGGUGCAUUUUGCUCCCCAGUCACGAGAGAUAUCCUCGAUAGUGAAUUCGGAGACAGACUGCCUCCUGGACCUCAUCGCGGAGGAGGAGGACAUAGGGGAGAAACUCAGGGAUGAGUUGGGCAAGUGCUUGGAGCGAUUGAGGGCUGAGAGUGCUGAAAUUAUUUCUCCAUCUUUGACUCCUGGGGAGAGCACCCUCGACGCUCUCUCCAAACAGGUUCUUUGGACGACAAAAGUUAAUGAAGAGCUCAGUGCUAAGCUCUCGGAGGCCGAGGGCAUCCUCGAAGAUUAUCAGGAGGAGAACCAGCAGCUCAAGAUUAAAAUUAUUGAUCUCCAACAGAAGAUAUCGGCUACCGAGGCCGCCAAGGAGAUCAUCUCCGAGGGAUAUGGCGAGCAGGACGAGAGUGGCGGCGAAGUUGUCGUUCAGGACUUCUCGUUGUUGUUGGAGAAAGCACGUCUGGCAACAGUAAAUGCAGCUGCAGAUCCAGCCCAGCAUCUCCAACUAAUCGAGGAGCUCUGCAGGUGCACAGAAAAAAUUCUGGAAGACUCUAAACGUGAGAGAGAGGAUCUGCAACAGCAGCAGGUGUCAUUAGAUCCCCUUCCCUCCCAAAGCAUACACAGGGUGAGACACAAGAUCGAUGCAGCUGACAAACAGCUCAAGAGCACUCGGAAAUUCCUGGAGGAACAGGCGAGUGAGAGGGAAAUCGAGAGGGAUGAGGCUGCAAAGCAGAUAAAAUCCCUUCACGAGCAGUUGAAGGAACGAGAACGUGAUAAAGAACGAGAUCUUCGUAUUUCCUCUGAGUCGCCUUCACCCACACCCGAUUCAUCGCUGGGUUCUUCGAAGGUUCAUCUUGACUACAAAGAAACCGUGGAGGCGUUGGAGCAGCAGAUGCGUGAGAUGACGUCGCAAAUCUCGGACACAGAGCUGAAGAAAUCGGAAACUGAAUCCGAGUUGAAGGCAGCAGUGGACAAGAUCUGGAUCCUUCGAGAUAUAAUCGUCGACCUGGAGCAGCAGAUCCAGGGGAAAUCAGAUCAGGAGGAGUUGCUGCUGUCUCAGAUCUCUCACCUGAAGGAAGUGAUAUCAUCCCAGAGUCACAGCCACCAGGAGCUGGUGGACGAGCUGGACCAGUUGAAGUCAGACUCUCACAUCUCCCAUCUGCAGAGUGAACUGCAACGCCAUCAAAUGAGCAGCGAGCACUUCACCGUGAAUUCGGCAGCCCUGAAGCAGAUGAAGUCAGAGCUGCGAGAGAUGCAGAAUCACCUGGACAAACGAAUAAAAGAGCUGGAGGGGUUGCAUACGACAGGUUCAAGUUUGAGCAUAAGCCAGCCCUCAGAGGACGUCUCAAUUCGUGACCAGAUCGACGCCACCAGGUGUCCGACACCCGAGGACACGACUUCCCCUCCUACUCUACCACUGGAUCUUCUGCUGAAGCUGAAGGAGAAGCUGUUGAAGCACUCGAGAACGGAGGAGGUGGCAUUUAAAAAGAUAAAGGAUCUUGAUAUGCAGCUGUCAGCCCUGAAAAUUCAGAACGAGGAGCUCCAGGAGGAGAGGGACAUACUCCAGCAGACAACGUCAGAUCAACUCUUUCAGAUUGAGCAGAUGAGGGGACGGCUGGAACAGUACAAACAGUCAGCUCCGUUUGCUCAGCGUCAGGCGACGUCUCGUCUGGAGCUCGAGCUCCACGAGCUCAACACCAGGAUUCAGACACUUGAGCAAAAACUCUCUGAUAAAGAUCUGGAGUUGAGGGAUAUGAGGGGUCAGCUGGAGCGUGGCAAUCUUCUGCUGAAGGAGAAAGAGGAGGAGCUCAGUAAAUUUCUUCAACGUGAGGACAACGAGAUUAUUGGCCUGAAGGAGCAGCUCGAUAUACUCCAGCAUGAGAAACAGGUGCUGGAGUCCAAGGUUUCAACUCAGGAACGAGCGCAGCAGGAGUUGCCACAGCUCAUCGACUCGAUGCUGGCUGACAAAAACGAGGAGAUCGAUCAUCUCAAGGAUCAGCUGUCGAAAAAAGAGAAGCAGCUGGAAGCACUCAGCUCCAAUCUAGAGGAGCAGAGGAUCGAGCCAAAGAAUUCGGCGAGAACAUUGAGUGAUAUUCUCUCGAUUCACUCUGAGGCCGAGGAGAUGUCAGAGGCCAUCAGAGACACCACGAAUAUUAAUUUCCAUCCGAACCUCUCGUCAUUCAGACGAGAGGGAAAUCAGGAGGAGCUCCAGAAGUCUGAGCUGGUGAUACCUCCCCUCGAGCUGGGGCCUUCUCCCAAUACCACUCCAGUCCAUCGAAGAUCCAAUAUCGAUUCUAUGAUGAGUGGUCUUGACUUGAAGUCACCAGCUGCUUCUGAGGAUGGCAGAUCUUUCAAUUCAGUCUCUAAAAUAUCAAAACUCUCUCCUCCUGGUGGGAAAGUCAUUCAGGAGCUCGAGGAGAAGCUCAAGGAGAUAUACGAGGAGCUCAAAUCGAAGUCAUCGACUCUCAAUAAACGGGAGAUGGAGUUGAAUGAGUUGAAGAAAAGUCUGGACGAGUUGAGGGCUGAGUCCAAAGAUUCGAUAGAAAAUCUCACCAGAGACAAGGAUUUCUACAAAAGCCAGUACGAGCUGUCACAGGAGUCCGAAAGGAAAAUAAGGCGUGAUCUGGAUGAGGUUGAGAGUUAUCUGAAAGUGAGGGCUGAGGAGAUUGAGAUCUACCAGGAGAAGAUUCAGAUGAACGAAAGGAUUUUGACAGAGUCGAAGGAAGAAACUGUGAGACUGAAGGAGGAAAUAUCGAGGCUAGAAGAGAGUGUGGGGAAUUGCGAGCAGAAGCUGUCGGAGAAACUGGAGGAACUGAGGAAUUUAACUCAAAUAAUCUUCGAGAAGGAUAUUACCAUUGAGACUGUGACGACUAGGAAUAUGGAGAUCGAGGAGGAAAACAAACAGCUUUACGAGUACAAAACGAAGUUCGAGGUGGUGAGGAAGGAGUUGCUGGACCACCAGAAUGAGAUGAAGAGGUUGAGUGAUGGGUUAAACAGUCGAGACCUGGUGAUCCAGAGGCUGGAGGACAUAGCGAGGAGAUCGAGUGUCUCACCGAAGGAGAACAGGGACCAAGAGAUUCAUCAUCUCAAAGAUCUUGUCAAGGAGAAGGACAAACUUAUCCAGCAGAUGACUGAUGAUAGCAAGAGCCUCCACAGAGAGUUGGAAACAGUUCACAGGAAGAUGAAGGAGCCUGGAAAUGUGGUAGAACUCAGGAAGAAGCUUCAGAUCGAGAAGAACUAUAAUGGAGAGCUCACGAAGAUGGUUACGAAACUGUCGAAGGAGCUUGAGGUAUUCAAAGAGGAUCGACACCCUGAGGAUCUCGAGGAUAUGGUCCAGAGAGAGCUCAACCUCUCAGCCGAUCUCGACAGAAAAAUAAUGGACGCCAUCGAGUCAGAGUCCGAGGAUUUCUCUCAGAGGAAGAUGGAGCUUCACGCCUGCAACUCUUUGACGAUAAAACCAGUCGAGCAAGAUCUCGAGAAGAUCAUGGAGCAGUACCUCGAUAUAAAGAACAAAUUAAAAACCCAGACUAAAUUGAACACCGAGCUGUCCCACCAGAGGAACGAACUGGAGAUCGAGAGGGAAAUGAUGAAGGGCCAGAUAUCAGAAUACGAGUCCAGAAUUCUCCAGUUGAAAUCAGAUUACGAGAGAGAAUGCAAGAGAAAUACUAAUCUGUCCGAGGAGUUGUCCUCUAAGAAGGCCGCGGUGAGAAAUCUCGAGGUCCAAGUGAAAAAAGAGAAGACAGCCCAUCAGAACUCCCAGAUGGAAGACUCCAACAUGAUAGAAAUGCUGAGAAUUAAGUUAACAGCGUCCAUCAAUACUGAACAGCACCUGAGGGACAAUAACUUGAGCCUCAAGGAGAAAAACAAACAGCUUACCUCUCAGUUAACUGCUCUCAAAUGUCAGAUUGAGUCCAAAGCUGGUGGACCUCCACCAGAGAUAGAUAUCCCAACGCCAGAGGUCCCAGAUAAGCUGUCAGAUCUGGAGCGUGAGAUCGAAGACCUGAAGACCAGCCUCCAGACGAUGGAAUCAGAGCGCAAUAAAUACAAGAAGGACCUGGAAAUUGCAAUCGAGGAGACUGAGAAGCUGUUGAGUAAUCUUAUGAUAGUCGAGGGUGACAAGGAUCACCUGGAGAUAAUUCAGAGGCGCCUUAAGACAACGAUUAAAACUCGAGAUGAGGAGAUUGAGUGGCUCCAGAAGAAAAUCAAGGGAUUGACUGAGGCUGAGGAGAAGAGGCAGCAGCAGAAGAGCGACCAGGACAAUGAGCUCAAGAGUCUUCGACAGGAGAUCAAGAAUGUCAGGGAGGUAAUGCAUGAUUGGCAAAUUGAUACUGAUCAGAUGAGUCAACAGUUGAGGGCCUCUUUGGCUGAGAGGGCACAGUUGACGCAAGUCGUUGCUGCCCUGAGGAAGAGUGAGGAGGAGAUGGGUAAGCGAUUCAAUGAGGCCAAGGCCAAAGAGGAGAAACUCCAGGGGAUUAUUGAUGAGCUCAGGGGGCAGGUGAGGGGUGAGAGGGAGUACAACGCCCCUCGAGGAGUGGAGGGACAGUUUGUCCAGAGUAUUAGUGAGUUAUGUGGGAAGCUGGAGAGGUAUGCUGAUGAGAAGAGCAUUCUCCAUGAGAAACUCAUUGCUGAGAGAGUGGAGAGGGAGAGACUUGAGGCAAGAAUCAGGGAACUCGAGAUUCUUGGACAGAGAGUCGAUGAGUCCGAGAUGUCCAGCAAAUUUCAGAGACUCUAUGGGAAGUAUAUCAGGGUAGACAGCAAGAGGAAGGCUCUGGCUUUUCAGAAGAGGUAUUUACUGUGUGUCAUUGGUGGAUACCAGGUGUCUGAGGAGAAUACUCUAUCUGUUCUUGCUAAACUCACAAACACGGAGAGGUGUUAUUCAGUUUUUGAGAGCCGGGGAAAGGUCAGGUUCAAGUCAGCUGUGAUGACGGUUGUCUCGGUUCUCAGAAUGAAAUGGCUAGUCAGCAGGUGGAGGCAGGGGAUUAGGAGGCAUGCAGGGGGAUUUGUCGUGGAGGCUGACAGAAGCUUUUUGGGAAUUCAGAGGGGCGUUGAGCAUUCCCCUCCUGUCAGGGAGAAGAGGGCCAAUGGUGCUCUUAAUUAUGAACAUUUCUUGGAGAGGAUUUCUCAGGUGCAGGAGACAUUCGGGCUCGCUAUGGCUGGAAACAAAAGGGAACCAGCGGAUUUAUGUUGAGAGUGAUACGAAUUCAGGGAUUUUCUCUCGUUUGUUGAAUUUCCAUUGACUCGAUCACGAGAGGUUCUAAAUUUACUUCAAUUUCUAUAUUUAGUUUUACUGAUUCAAUCAACAAAAUUAAUUGUGUAAAAUUGGUAUGUUUUUAUGGGAAAGAACAGUUUUGGGUAAUGAAAGGAAAAAUUGUGAAAUUUUUUGUUGAAAACCCCUCGUUAUCGAGGUAAUGACGAAUUAUUUGAUCGUUUCAUCUCUUUGCUGCAGUAUUAGGGCACCUCCCACUCAGCAGAGGACCAAAUAUUUUUAAUACUACUGAAUACUCUUUGUAUAAACUAGGAUUAGAUGUAAGGAGUCUUAAGAAUUUUUUUUCACUCAAUUUUUUAUUGGUAAUUCGUAGAAAAUAUUUUUAGAAAUUUGUGAGAUGCAUCUGUGAGAUCUGCACAAGAAUAAUCGCACCAAAGGUUUUUUUUUUUCAAUUUGUGUGGAGCAUGCCACGAAUUUUGGAUACAGAACAGGAUUAAUUGAUUUAGAUUUUUUUGGAAAACCAGUGCCUUUUGAUGGUAAUUGUCCAGUAUUUAUUACGUCGUGUUCUUUUUUACAACUGUGAAUAGAAAUGAAAUGUUACCUUAUUGAAUAAAAUGGAGUUCUUGAGAAGACUUGUGUACUUUAUCAUGGCUAUUUCGUUGAUUUUUGUGACGGAGUUUUUCUAUUGACAAUUCUCGUUGAUUAGUUUUAUGGAUUUUCUACGGUAGAAAGAAUGCCUCGGGCAUUUCUAGAUCUAAAACAAUUAUUUGUACGUUCUAUUGUCUAGUUAGAGAAUCAGAAAUUAACGAAUUCACUGUCAUUUAUACUCUUGAAAAUAAUUAACAUUUUUAGUGGAGUAUUUACAUAUUUACAUGUAGAAAUAGUUUAUCUGAGGUUUCUAGAAAAUAUAUGUCUGCGAGGGAUUUGCAGGCAAGAGUGACGACGAGUGAUAACGGAAUUUAUAUAAUUAAACGAAGCCCUUUUUCAUUGUAACAACGCAGUUGUCUCCGUAAUGAGUGAUUUACAGGAAAAUCUGCAUUUUUGGGAAUUUAAGCUCUAGGAAAAAAUUCUGUGAUAUUAUCCUGAAUUUCUUAAUUGAAGAGACAAUUUUCAAUUAAAAAAUGAAUGUCUAUUCCAUCGAAUUAUUUGUUCGUCGGAGUGAAUUAAAAAUGUCCCAGUGAUUUCUAAAUAAUUUAUAAGCUAUUGGUUUCCACGUCUUCCACAAUUUAAACUUAAAACUUCACAAUGAAUAAAAAG